CCCACACAGUGUUUUUGGAGGAACAGAAACGAGAGCUGAACUGUUGAAGAAAUAAAUGUGAUGUCCUGUUUCAAGUCUUCUCCUCCAUCUCCCUACCCAGUGUAAAUGUGCUUUUGUAAACAUGUCAGGACAUUCCACCAAGAGGAGCGUUAAGCUUCUGAAACGGGUGAAAUACAAGAAUAUAGCAUUCAGAAGAUAUUCUGGUACUCGACAAACAUCAUCUGGUACCAUAUACAUGAACACGUCUUCUAGAAAAACGCAGAAACGCAGCAAAGAAAGAGCUCACUACUGCUUGGAAUGUGGAAAGAGUUUUACGCAACAGAGUCAUCUCAAAGUACACCAGCGCAUUCACACAGGAGAGAAGCCACAUCACUGCUCAGAGUGUGGAAAGAGUUUUAAUCAUCAGAGUAAUCUCCAACGUCACCAGUACAUUCACAAAGAAGAGAAACUGUAUUACUGCUCAGAAUGUGGAAAGCAUUUUACUCUACAAAGUACUUUGAAAAGACACCAGCACAUUCACACAGGAGAGAAGCCAUAUCACUGCUCAGAGUGUGGAAAGAGUUUUAAUCAUCAGAGUAUUCUCCAAGAACACCAGCGCAUUCACACAGGAGAAAAGCCAUAUUGCUGUUCAGAAUGUGGGAAGAGUUUUACUGUAAAGAGUACUCUCCAAAACCACCAGCGUAUUCACACAGGAGAGAAGCCACAUCACUGCUCUGAGUGUGGGAAGAGUUUCACUCAACAGAGUCAUCUGCAACAACACCAGCACAUUCACACAGGAGAGAAGCCAUAUCACUGCUCAGUGUGUGGGAAGAGUUUUAAUCGUCAGAGUUCUCUCCAACAACACCAGCACAUCCACACAGGACAGAAGCAGUAUCACUGCUCAGAGUGUGGAAAGAGUUUUAAUCAACAGUGUAAUCUCCAAGCACACCAGCGCAUUCACACAGGAGAGAAGCCGUAUUACUGUUCAGAGUGUGGCAAGAGUUUCAGGCAUUCAAAGACUGUGAAGACACACAAGUGCACUAAGAGCAGUGGUGGGAAUAGACAGAGAGGCCUCAGUACUCAGUACAUCUCAGAGUGGGGGAUGAGUUUUAAUCAGAGUUAUCUCCUACAACACCAUCGCAUUCAUACAGGAGAGAAACUGUACCACUGCUCAGAAUGUGGAAAGAGUUUUACUCACCGGAGUUCUCUCUAUCGACACAAGCGCAUUCACACAGGCGAGAAGCCAUAUUGCUGCUCAGAGUGUGGGAAGAGUUUUAAUCGACAGAGCUCUCUCAAACAACAUCAGCGCAUUCACACAGGAGAGAAGCCGUAUCACUGCUCAGAGUGUGGAAAGAGUUUUAAUCAACAGAAUACUCUCCAAGAACACCAGCGCAUUCACAGAGGAGAGAGACCUUAUCAAUGCUUAGAAUGUGAGAAGAGUUUUAUUAAACAGAGUCAUCUCCUACAACACCAACGCAUUCAUACAGGAGAGAAGCCAUAUUACUGCUCAGAGUGUGGGAAGAGUUUUAAUCAACUGAGUUCUCUCCAUCAACAUCAGCGCAUUCACACAGGAGACAAACCAUAUUACUGUUCAGAGUGUGGAAAGAGUUUUACUUUACAGAGUAAUUUCCAGCAACAUCAGCUCAUUCAUACAGGAGUUAAAUCAUAUCACUGCUUAGAGUGUGGAAAGAGUUUUAAUCAGCAGAGUUCUCUCCUUCGACACCAGCACAUUCACACUGGAGAGAAGCCAUAUCACUGUACAGAUUGUGGGAAGAGAUUUAAUCGACAGAGCUCUCUCCAACAGCACCAGCGCAUCCACACAGGAGAGAAGCCGUAUCGCUGCACAGAGUGCGGGAAGAGUUUUAAUCAGCAGAGUGCUCUCCAAGGACAUCAGCGCAUUCACACAGGAGAGAAGCCAUAUUGCUGCACAGAGUGUGGGAAGAGUUUUAGUCGUCAGAGUAUUCUCCAACUACACCAGCGUAUCCACACAGGAGAGAAGCCGUAUCGCUGCACAGAGUGUGGGAAGAGUUUUACUUUAAAGAGUUCUCUCCAACGACACCAGCAGAUUCACACAGGAGAGAAGCCAUAUUACUGUUCAGUGUGUGGGAAGAGUUUCAGGCAUUCCAGUACUAUGACAACACACAAGUGCACUACAAGCAGUGAUGGAAAUGGGCACUGAGUGUAACGUCAUUGUUCCAUUCCUCAUUCUAGGAGUAAAAGUCUGCAGAGAAUGGUCAAAAUUACAGAUAACUGGCAAUAAAGGCAAAGUCCAUCUUCCCAGUACAUGAGCAGUUCAAUGAAUUUCAUUAAUAAUAUUAAAAUAUGGUGAAAACAAUGUGAAACUCCACAUUCAGCAAUAAUAAGUUAUUUUCUAAUUUACUGUAUUACUGUAAUUUACUGUGUUUUCUUUGCAAUGAUGGAAAUUUUGACAAACAUUUGACAGUGCGAUUGACCCCUUGAAUCACAUUUUUGCUUCUUUGUGUCCUGCACAAUAACUGUUUAAUGUGAAUGCUGCUAUGAAGUAGACACUACCCUGAACAUUGCUAAAGUGAAGUUUUUGCUUUACUGGGCAGAACUGAACAUCUUUGUAAAGGAGACAAAGGAUUAUGAAGUCUUCAAGCUAUAUGAGUUAUGUACUGGUGACCUCUCCUCAGUUUGCCUGUUGUAUGGCCUAUGUAUGCCUGCAUAUGCAGCAUAAAGUCACGUACAGACCACGUACAGCUAUAAACAUUGAACUAUGAACUUUCCGUUACUUUCAGAAACUUUAACGACUAUUGUUCUUUGUAAUGCUUGGAGAGUGGUUGCUCCUUGAGAAGGAUGCUGUGAUGUGAAAUGUUGGCAUUUUUCUUGAUUUUGACCUGGCCAUCAAAAAAAAAACAAACAUAUUUUGGACAUGAAUGUGUAACUGGAUAAAAGGUGACCAUUUGGAGACCUUCAAGACCUUGGGUCUGACUAAUAGUGACUUGUGCUGACUUUAUUAGGAUGGAUAUUUGAGACAGAACCAAACCAAAAUUAUGCUUUGCUCAGUUUUGUUUCUGCAUCUUAGUAGUUUUAUUUGCAGUGAUGAACCAAUAUGUAUAUGUAAUUCUAUGUGUAUUUUACAUAUAAAUUGCAUUAGGGAUGUAACCAUGAUGGGAAUUCUGGGCCACUAUCUGAUAUUUUACAUAGGCCAAUGUCGAAAUCGGAUGUUUCACAUUUGCAUGUUUACAUCCUGGGCAUGCAAAACUGCUUUCGUUAAAGCCCACCACUGGAUGCAUCGGACCACAUAGCUUAUUAUUAUUAUUUACCCCCUGUUAAGCUAAUAUCUCCUCGUGGUCUGCUAGUUGUCUGUACUGUGUGAAAGCUAGAGAAAAAUAGCCCUGUGGAUGGGAAAUGGAAAAAAAGGUUUAUAACAUGCAACACAUAUUUCAGUCAGAUGGGGCUUUCAUGCUCAUGUACAGGACAUGGGGAAGAGGAGGGCUAUGUGCUCCUAUGUAUUUAACUUGUAUGUAAAUAAGAUGCAUUGUCAAGAAGGAGGCAUGGCAGAGAAACAGCCGAAGAGAAGAUCUGAAGUACAAAAAUUGAGAAACAAAUUCUGAAAUCAGGCAAGGGGGAGAGCCGUAUUAACAUCAGUGAAGCUUUUCAAUGGUGCAGAGGCCUCUGAAAGUUGACGAGGCGAAAGUUGGCUUCAUAUUCACCAACUUCCCAUUUCACCUUAAAAGGAGCAACAGUUACAUUCACUUGACUCUUGUUUGGAUUUUCCUGUUCCACCUUAAAUUGUGCAGCAGUUAUAUUCUGAAGUCUCUUGUGUGAAGCUAGCAGAAAGAACCUUUCUUCAGCUUCAUCAAAAGUUGACAGGAAUGAAAAAAGAAAGAAAAAAAAAUUGUUAUCCACUGUUCAAAGAAAAACAAUGAUUUUACUUAUGUAGCAUCUUUCAUGCAUUAAAAAAGCAACUCUGAGAGAUUCACAGUGAAAGUAAAUAAAACGUCAAUCAUCUGUACAAAAUAGUAAAUCGCAAAGUAAAAACAAUACAAUUAAAAGCAAUGAAAUUCUUGCUUAGUAAAAAUGGUAAUAGUAAAUAGAAAUAUUGAACAACUGAAUACUAUAAAGAAAAUGUCUUUAAAAAAUACAUAAAUUUGAUUGCAUUCAGCUACUUUUUAACACUAGCAACAAAUGAUUCCUGAUGAGUAAUCAUUGGUAAAGAAUUCCAGAAUUUUGGUGCAUAAAACAGAACGUUGCUUCACAAGUCUUUUGUGCUUCAUCCUGGGAAAAUGAAAUAAAUAGUACUUGAUUUUAAAGCAUGAUUUGGAAUUUUCUAAUGUACAUUCAGAGAUGUAUGUAGGUGCUAAUCCAUUAACAAAUUUAUAAACCAGUAUUAUAAUUUAUAUUAUAAUAAUAGUUUAUAUUAUAAUUUUUACAUCAGUUCUAAAUGGGACAGGCAGCCAGUGUGAUGAAACUAAAACAGAUUUAGAUUUAAAACUUUAAUUUAAAACUUUCAAUUUGUCAUUACCAGUUAUGAUAAUUUCUUUUUCUUCAUUUAAUUGUCAAAAUUAUUGUUCUACAAUUGCUGCUGCAAAGCUAACCAGCUGGAAUUCACUAUCAUAAACAUUAGCACAUGGAACAAAACAAUACUGACCUAAAGUUCUGUAAAACUGCAAAAAAAGUUAAUGUUACCCACGUGUCAAGCAGAAACGGCAACCUUCUCAUCCCUUUUCAUGCCUUUUAACUUUCUUGAAGCUGAAGUAUUUAUCGCCAACUACUUGUUCAGAUUUCCCCAUUCCGCCUUAAAUAGUGCAGCAGUUCAUUCUCUGCUCAGGAUGCCAUUACUCCAUUAUAUCUUUGCACAGAUCAUAGUUGUUGGCUGAUAUAUUUACAUUUAAAAUGUUGUAUACAGAACAUUUUAAACAUGUCAACCAUUUCAUGCACUGCUGUGUUUUUAGGAAAAAGAGGUCUGUUGUUUAAAACAUUUAAGUUGGUGUUAAAAUACUGUUUCUUCUAACAUUCAGGUUCUUAACUCUUAUUUGUAUUGAUACAUUUUUUAAAAAAACAUUUACAAUUUCAUCUAUGUAUAAACACAAACUGCAGGAAAUAACUAGAUCUACUGAAUGUCCUUAGUUAUAGAUGAGGUUUGUAACAUGCUGGUUAAAUAUGAGUGUUUUUAGGCAUUAUCAAUAUGGAAAUUAAAAUAACCAAAAAUAAUAAUUUUAUCAUAGUAACACAGAUAAUAGUUCAGAGAAGAAAGUGAGUAAUUUGGCAGAUGGUAAACAGCAGCAGUACUGGCUAAAUGUUUGGUCACACCAGCAAAACGGGAGAUGUCACUGACUGAGUUUUCCAUUCACAGUUGGGUCUGCCAGUCAAACAAUGCCUUAAUUUGCCACUUCAGAAACUAGUGCUCUUUCUCAGCAGCUGGAGCUCCUAAUUCUCCUUAAUCACUGAUCUAAUCAUUUUUAUAAAGCAAACUAAAAAUAAUAAAAUAAAUAAUCAAAGUAAGAAUGCACAAAACACAGUAAAACUGAUGGAAAGAAGAACAUGGCACUGAAACAAGGAACUAGAAAUGUAUGUAUACAAGCUAAUAUAAAGUUACAUGCUGGUAACUUUACAGGAGAUGAGAAAAAAAAAACUAAUUUGAAUUAAUGAACAGUUUCCUUUGGUCCAUUAACCAUGAGAUGUUCACACAUUGCUUAGAGCAGUUGCCAUUUUCAUAUGAUGGGAAAAAAAACAACAACAUUUGAUAUGACAGUGAUGCUAUAUUACACACAUGUACAACUACAAUUCACUGACAUGCCACUGUUAUAACAUUGAGUCAGAUGUUAAAUCUUCUGUAAUGCUGCCAAGAAGAAAUCCACACCCUUUAAAAUACUUCAAAAGUAAAGAGUAGAUAAAAGAAAUGAGAAGGUGCAAUACUCAAUGUUAUAUCAACAUUAUAUACAGUAUUCUUAUUUGGCCAUUUAGGAAUUGUGGCUUCUUCUGUUUCCUGUGGAGUUGCCUCUGAAAGUACCAUUGCAGACCACCAUCUAUCCAGUGAACAGUGACCCUUGUCAAUUUCUCUUGUUCUCUCUUCCACUUAUUUAUACUCCAUGUCUUCCUCUUCACUCCUUUCUACUCUUGACCUUUAGACAUUAUUUGAUACAUUUGACUACAUUGAUUAUUUGAAGGAUUAAUAUGAAAAUAAGUUCCAUAUGGAAAAUCAAUCAUUUAGUCAGUUAAUUUGUAAAUUCAUAAAGUUAAAUAUGAAAAAAGACAAUUUAAAUGAACCCUCUGAAAACAUUUAUCACAUUUCCUUCACAAACUGUUGUUUGUCUUUGUGUCUUUAAGGAGAAAGAUUCAGAGGGAAGAUGCAGAAACAUGUCAUGCAUGGGCUCAAUUCUCGUAAGGACUAUAUUUCCCCAAACCCCUUAGGAGAUCUUACAUCUUAAGAGAUCACCUGAUUACUGAGGUUACCUGUGUACUAAUUCUCUUCACCUAUGUGUUCUAAGUCAUAUGUCAUGACUUGUUCAGUAUAUAGAUAUGUAAAGCCCAGGCUUUAGCUUAGCCAGAUUGUGAGGUAUUGCUUAUCUUGUAGUGCUACUGAUUGUUCUGGUUUAUACCUCUUGUUUUAGCCCUCUGGGUAUGGUUGCCUUUUUAUACCUUAUUGUUGUUUUGGAUUUGACCCACACCUGUGUACUGACCACAAUGUUAAAACCCUUUGUCUUGUUAAACCAUUUAUUAAAGCCUCAUCUUUUGGUUUUUA